AUGGUGUCGGCAAGAUCAACCGACGAAGAAGAAGAAGACUUUGAGGAGGUAGAGGAAGAAGAAGAAGAUGAUGAUGAUUACGGAUGCGACCCAGCCUGUGAGAGAAACUGUCUUAAGCUCAAAUGUCAGGCAGGUACUGUCCGGGAUUCUUGUGGUUGUUGCACGUGCGCCCAAAUGGAAGGUGAGUAUUGUAAUUUCAGAUCGAGAGACAAGCGAAGAGGUCGCAGAGACGUAGUGAACCUAAAAAAAAGUCGACUUCUGUCCUCGUUUUUCUCACUAACACCUCCAUAUACCUUUGUUGCCCCAACCACUUCGUUUACUAACCCUGCUUUUGUUGAGGAUGUUAAUGCCGCUUCUUCUUCGCCUACGAUCGCCGAUUUCUAUGCUUCGACAGUAGGUGUAGAUAGUUUUGCUAUUAAGAACCAGGACAGAAAGAAGAACAAACAAAAAACAGCCCCAAACCUGCCGACAAAACACACGGGGGGAAUAUAUAGUAGAGAUUCGAACCAUUACUUGGGUAGGAAAAAAAAUUCUUUCGACGAUAAAACUGUUUAUGGAACUUGUGGGGAUUAUCUUGAAUGCAAGCCUUUAUUCACCCUACCUGAUGGUGGGGAAGAAGGAAACGAAAACGACGAAUCAUUUAGUGUUGUUGAAAAUCCGAAAUUAAAGCCAUUUUAUCAGGAGGCUAAAAAAACUACAACAAAGGGGAAAACAGCUCAAUUAAUCGAAGAAUGGAAGAAGAAGAAAGGCUUUAAUUUCGAUGCUAAUUGGGAUCGCGAUGGUGGCGGGUCAGAAUUUAAUAAAAAUAAAUUGCAACAGUCGAACAACUAUGGAAAUUCAGACGAUGACAAGAGUUCCUUACGUCAGGAGGUUGAUAUUAAUUUUGAUGACUAUUUUUUCAGUCUUUUUUCUUCUCCUUCAUCGCCUUUUCUCCCGUCGUCUUCCCCAACGAAUAAGAUCGAUAAUUUCCCACGGUCACCCGUUGUGGGUACCUGUGUAUGUCGGUAUGCAGUAACCGUGUGUGCGAGCAAUGGGCAAACCCAGCAGCUGGCUGCCUCUUCUCUUCCUUACAUAUCACUAUUAUAUUUUCUUUGUUUUUUUUUUUUUUUCUUUCUUUUCAUCCCCCAACUCUUAUCUAACCAUAUUAUUUCUCUUUUUCCUCUUUUCCAUUCUUCAUUGUGUUCUUCUCCCCUUCUGUAUUGGACGAGGUGUAGGGAGGUGGCUGUUUCAGUUUCUUCAGUAUUUUUUUUUCUCUCAUUUUGUCUUUACUCACUCUCUCUAUUCUCUCUCUCUCUCUCUCUCUCUUUACUCACACUCUCUCGGUCUUUACUCAUGCUCUCUCACUCUCUACACUCUCUCUCUCCUGCUCUGUUUUUACUCUUUCUCUCAAUGCUGUCACAUUUCUUUCACCCUCUGCAUUUUUCACCCUUUCCACUUUACCUAAACAAUCUCCCUCAUUGUUUGCUUAAAAUCUGUUCCCUCUCACUCUUGCUCUCCCUUCCCUUUAUUAACUAUCUACUGCACCUACCAUCCUCUCUCUUUUUUUGGUUUUUAUCUCUCUCUCUCCCUUUCCCCCCUCUCUCCCUUUCCCCCUCUCUCUCCCUUCCCCCCUCUCUCCCCUUUCCCCCUCUCUCUCCUUUCCCCCUCUCUCUCCCUUUCCCCCUCUCUCUCCCUUUCCCCUCUCUCCUUUCCCCCUCUCUCCCUUUCCCCUCUCUCUCCUUUCCCCCUCUCUCUUCCCCCUCUCUUCCCCGUCCCCCCUCUCUACAUUUAUCUUUCACAUUUACUGCUCUCUCUCAUUCUGUUUCUCUCUUUCUUUUUCUUCCAUAUCUACCUAUUAUUUUUUAUUUAAUUUAUUUUAUACAACAUUUUUAUGUUAUUUUGUUUUAUUCAAUUUAUAAUUUUCAUUAUUUUAUUUUUAUUUAUUAUUAUUAUUAUUAUAUUCUCCUUUCCUUCUCUUCUUUCCUUUUUCUCCUCUUCUUCUUUCCUUUUUCUCCUCUUCUUCUUUCCUUUUUCUCCUCUUCUUCUUUCCUUUUCUUUUUUCCUUUUUCCUCUCUUUUUUCCUUUUUCCUCUCUUUUUUUCCUUUUUCCUCUCUUUUUUUCCUUUUUCCUCUCUUUUUUUCCUUUUUUUUUUUUUUCCUCUCUUUUUUUCCUUUUUCCUCUCUUUUUUUCCUUUUUCCUCUCUUUUUUUCCUUUUUCCUCUCCUUCUACUACUACUACUACUAG